GGUAAUGAUUUGGGAGGCUCUCGUGCCUACAGGUCGCCACCAUCAACAUCCAUUUCUGUCUCUCUCUCUCUCUCUCUCCCUCCGGUAGAAAUUUCCGCAGCCUCUCUUCAUCGAGGGAAACCCGUCUGGGUUAUCGACAUGGCUGGGAGGAAAAGAAGGAAAGUGAAAUUAUUAAGUGAAACGAUCAAGGACGGGAAAAGAGUUAUGGCUGGGGAGAAGAAAGAGCCAGAGGAGCAACAAACUUGGUCUGAGCUACCAAUAGAGCUUUUGGAAGUGAUUAUGUCCCAUUUAACUUUAAAGGAAAACCUCCGGGCUUCUGCUGUUUGUAAGAGAUGGUGUUCAGCUGCUAUCUCAGUCCGAGUAGUGCAUCAACCCCCAUGGAUUAUGUUCUUUCCAAAGUUUGGUAACUUGUAUGAAUUCUAUGACCCAGCACAACGCAAGACCUAUGCCCUUGAACUACCGCAGUUACAUGGAUCCAGGGUUUGUUAUGCUAAAGAUGGUUGGUUGCUACUAUACAGGCCCAAAACUCACCGGGUGUUCUUUUUCAAUCCCUUCACUAAGGAGUUGAUCAAAUUGCCAAAAUUUGAGAUGACUUACCAGAUUGUUGCCUUUUCUUCUGCUCCAACUACCCCAGACUGUAUCAUUUUUACAGUUAAGCAUGUCAGUCCCACAGUCGUUGCUAUUAGCACCUGUCACCCUGGGGCAGUGGAGUGGACAACCAUUAAUUACCAUAAUCGCUUGCCAUUCGUCAGCAGUAUUUGGAAUAAGCUGGUUUUCUGCAAUGGGCUCUUUUAUUGUCUGAGUCUUACUGGUUGGCUUGGGGUCUUUGAUGCACAAGAACGUACAUGGGUUAUCCAUGUUGUGCCUCCACCUAAAUGCCCUGUGAACUUUUUUGCCAAAAAUUGGUGGAAGGGCAAGUUCAUGGUGGAGCAUAAAGGAGAUAUAUUUGUUAUAUACACAUGUUGCAGUGAAAACCCUAUUGUAUUUAAGCUGGAUCAGACAAACAAAGUCUGGGAAGAAAUGAACUCCCUUGGUGGUAUGACCCUUUUCGCAAGCUUCCUGUCAUCACAAGCAAGAGUUGACCUUCUAGGAAUGAUGAGAAAUAGCAUCUACUUCUCUAAAGUUCGUUUCUAUGGAAAGCGGUGCAUAUCGUACUCGCUUGACGAUGGCAGGUACUAUCCUCGUAAGCAAUGUCAUGACUGGGGAGAAGAAGAUCCAUUUGAGAGCAUUUGGAUUGAACCACCCAAAGAUCUCUCAACCAUCAUAUAGAGAGGUCCUGGGAGGGAGGUGAGAAUGUUCAAAACUCCUUGGCUACCAUCUUAAGCAAUUUACAUUUUCCAGGUCCAUUGUCUGAUUAAUGGCUUGAAGUUCUCUGGAGUAUGCCCCAUUCUCGCAGGAGCCGUACAAGACCUUGGAAGAGUCCAACAGUGUUUAAGCUUGAAGGAACAGCAUUAUGACAAAUGACAAAGCAAACCCAAUUCACCCAAGAAAGUUAGAUUUUUGUCUUGGGUGUCUGACAGUGCCCAGGCUGGUUUCCGGAUCUUGAAAGCGAUUAUGGUACAGAAAUAAGCUGAAGCCUCCUGGCAGUCUCUCCAUGAACUGUUAUGAGUUAAGAUAUCAUAUUUAUUUAGUAGUUUUGUUCUCGAGUACCAUAUCUAUCCAUGUCUGUUAUGGGAUCAGCAAGUAAGCAUAUAUCGUUUGUUUGAAGUAGUUUA